AAAUGGAAUUCACUUUUGAAUGUAGCUUAGAGUAGGUAGGUUAGCUUUUUAAAUGUAAGAAUUUGUUUAUUAAAAUAAUUUUAAUUUUAUUUUGCUAAACAAUUAUAUUUUUUUAUAUUUGUUCACAAAAUCGAAAGUUAAUAAAUCGCCAUGAGGGAAAUCGUUCAUAUUCAAGUCGGUCGGUGCGGCAACCAGAUUGGAUCGAAGUUCUGGGAAGUGAUAUCCGACGAGCACGGCAUAGAUCCUAACGGUUGCUACACAGGGGACUCCAACCUUCAACUUGAACGAAUAAAUGUUUACUACAAUGAAGGAGUUGGUGGAAAGUACGUCCCACGCGCCGUAUUAGUUGACCUUGAACCUGGUACUAUGGAUUCACUACGCGCGGGACCCUACGGUCAGAUUUACCGACCUGAUAAUAUUGUCUACGGCUUAACUGGUGCAGGAAAUAAUUGGGCUAAAGGACACUUUACUGAAGGGGCAGAGUUGCUUGAAUCAAUUCUGGAUGUUGUCAGAAAAGAGGCAGAAGGCUGUGACUGUUUACAAGGAUUCCAAGUCGUCCAUUCUAUCGGUGGUGGUACUGGAUCCGGUUUGGGCACUUUGCUCCUAGCGAACCUUCGAGAAGAAUAUGCUGAUAGAAUAAUCUUAACUUUCUCAGUAGUACCGAGCCCUAAAGUAUCUGAUACAGUUGUAGAACCAUACAAUGCAACGUUGUCUAUCAAUCAGUUGAUAGAAAACUCAGACGAAUCCUUUUGCAUUGACAACGAGGCUUUGUACGAUAUUUGCUUCCGAACUUUAAGGUUACACACACCAACCUAUGGGGAUUUGAAUCAUUUAGUGUCAGCAACUAUGUCUGGUGUAACAACAUGUCUUCGUUUUCCUGGCCAGUUAAAUGCGGAUUUACGCAAGCUUGCAGUAAACAUGGUACCAUUUCCAAGAUUGCAUUUCUUUAUGCCCGGAUUUGCACCUCUAACCGCUCGUGGUAGUCAAAAAUACCGUGCUUUAACUGUACCAGAGCUUACUCUACAGAUGUUUGAUGCUAAGAACAUGAUGGCGGCUUGCGAUCCACGCCAUGGCCGUUAUUUGACCGUUGCUGCUGUAUUUCGCGGUCGUAUGUCCAUGAAGGAAGUUGACGAACAGAUGCUUAAUAUCCAGAAAAAAAAUAAAGACUAUUUCGUGAAGUGGAUACCUAAUAAUGUCAAAACAGCUGUUUGCGAUAUACCUCCUCGGGGUAUGAAGAUGUCUGCUACAUUUAUCGGUAAUACGACAGCUAUUCAAGAAAUUUUCAAGAGAAUCUCUGAACAGUUCACUUCCAUGUUCAGAAGAAAAGCUUUCAUUCAUUGGUAUACGGGUGAGGGAAUGGACGAGAAUGACUUCACAGAGGCGGAUAAUAAUCUUAAUGAUCUUAUUUCUGAGUACCAACAAUAUCAAGACGCGACCGUUGAGGAACAAGAAUUUGAGGAUGAAGAAAAUGAAACUGCGCCAAAUGACGAUAGUGACGAAUGAGUUGUUUUCAUUAUUUCUAUUUAUUUAUUAAAUUAAUGUUGCU